AUGCCGCCCAAUACACACCGAGUGCGCAACGUCGCAAUUAUCGGCGCUGGGCCGUCCGGAUUGGCUGCUGCGAAACUCCUCCUCGCUGAGAAAUAUUUUGAAAAGAUAGAUAUCUUCGAGCAGCGCAGUAGAGUAGGUGGGGUAUGGAACUAUUCACCAGCUGCAGACAAGACUCGGGCUGUCAUAGACAUCCCACAGACGAACGCUCAUUUACCUGUAGAAGAGCCUAUUUGGCAUUCUUCAGCGGGAUCGCCGAACGCUUCCUCAGCGGAAAAACCAGGUAGAAAGGAGACGUCCUUUAUUUCACCACUCUACGAUGGAUUGGAGACAAAUAUCCCCUAUCCUUUGAUGCAAUUCUCAGACCAACCGUUUCCCACGGGUACGCAGUUGUUUCCUGGAUUCGAGACUGUCCUACGAUACAUAGAAGAGUACAGUUUGGACGUUAAACAUCUCAUACAGUUCCAAGUCCAGGUUGUGGAUGUUAGGCUCGAGGAUGCGCUUGCGGGAACGUGGGCGGUAACUCGAAGGCACUUGGAGAGCGGAGCUCAAGAGACUGACAUCUACGAUGCUGUUGUGGUGGCGAGUGGGCAUUACACUGUACCUCAUGUUCCACCGAUCCCUGGGAUAUUGGAAUGGAACGUGGCAUAUCGGGAGACAAUAAAGCAUUCCAAAUCGUACUCAUCUCCUGAGGAGUUCAGGGAUAAGAAAGUGCUUAUUGUUGGCAACUCCGCCUCAGGAGUUGAUAUUGGGGCACAGAUAAGCAAAGUUUGUCGUAAGCCGCUGCUGGUUUCUUCGCGAUCUGCGUCCUAUCUCGCGGUCGCAGCAGAUAGUGGCAGAAAUGAGUAUCCGCAGAUCAUUGAAUUUUUAUCCCCGAAUACUCAUAACCGAGCGGUUCGAUUCGAGAAUGGGGCUAUCGAAGAGGAUUUGGACGCUGUGUUGUUUUGUACUGGAUAUUACUACUCGUUCCCCUUCCUGUCGUCCCUGAAUCCCCCAGUUAUUGAGGACGGAAACAGGACCCUCCACGUGUAUCAGCAUAUAUUUUGUGCAGACCAACCUACUUUGGCCUUCCCUGUUUUGAGUCAGAGAGUCAUCCCAUUUCCCACAGCAGAAAAUCAAUGCGCUGUCAUUGCGCGAGUCUGGUCCGGUCGACUCACACUCCCAUCGAGGGAGGAAAUGUAUGAGUGGGAAGAUGCUGAGGUAGCUGCGCGGGGAUCUGGCAAGUCAUUCCAUAUCAUGCAUUUCCCGCUGGAUGCUGAUUAUCUGGACAUGCUGCGCGACUGGGCCGCACAGGCGGAGCUGAGGCCGGGACUUGAAAAUGGCGGUCGGGGCAAGGGGUGCACUUCCUGGGGUAAGAAAGAGAGGUGGACUCGGGAACGGUUCCCGCUGAUUAAGAAAGCAUUUGUUAUGAAGGGGGAAGAGAGACAUAGCUGUCGGAGCUUGGAGGAUGUGGGUUUUGACUAUGACAAGUGGAAAGAGGAGCAAUCGAUGAUAUAG